CGCUAAUAUUUUCUGGCCGGCGGCAGGCAACUGCCAGCUUCGGAGUUCAUAGUUCAAGUAUUGCAUGGAACCUGUGUUACCGAGCUGCGGUGGUGUCGUUGACACUGAACAGAUUCAGGAACUAAAUCAAUUGCAAUUGGUUGGACUUCCGAUAUCACCACCACCACCACCACCACCACCACCACCACCACCUGCUGAUUCUUCUUCUUCUGUUGCUCCUGUCUGCAACGGGGAAGAACUUCCUGCUUCAGCUUCAGCUUCAGGAAAUGUUGUGGAUGAUGAAAGUGGUGGAAAUCGGAAGCGUGGUCGGCCUUCUAGAGGUCAAUCAAAGCCUCCGGUGAAGAAGAUGAAGACGAAGGUGAAGGAGGAAGAUGAGGAUGUUUGUUUUAUAUGUUUUGAUGGGGGGAGCCUUGUUUUAUGCGAUCGCAGGGGCUGCCCUAAGGCGUAUCAUCCAGCUUGUGUUAAGAGGGAAGAGGCGUUUUUCAGAUCAAAGUCUAAGUGGAACUGUGGUUGGCAUAUAUGUAGCAUAUGUCAGAGAUCAGCCCAUUAUUUCUGCUACACUUGUACAUACUCAUUGUGCAAGGCAUGCACCAUAAAUUCUGAUUACUUGUGUGUAAGAGAAAACAAAGGUUUUUGCGCUACAUGCAUGAAAACAAUUAUGCUCAUUGAGAAUACGGAACUGAGAGACAAAGAAAUGGCACAAGUUGAUUUUGAUGAUAAGAGUAGCUGGGAGUAUCUAUUUAAAAUGUAUUGGCUCUUUGUGAAGGGGAAGUUAUCUUUGACUUUGGAUGAGCUUAUUCAAGCAAAACAACCUUUGAAAGCACGGAAUGUGUCUGAGAUAAAGAAAGCCCAUCGUGAUACGAGAUCAUCUGUUUUAGAAAAUCCUUCUGGGUGCCAAGGCCUGGAUGUAAAGGAUCCUGCAAUCUGUUGUAGCAAUGAACAACUGAAGAUACUUGAUCAUAAUCAGUUAGAUAAUAAGUUAGACGCUAACACAAGAACAGUUUCUGCUGAAUGGGCAUCUAAAGAACUACUGGAGUUUGUUUCUUAUGUGAAAAAUGGUGAUUUGUCUGAAGUCGCACAGUUUGAUGUACAAUCUCUUUUACUAGAUUAUGUAAAGCGGAAUAAUCUCCGUGACCCACGCCGGAAAAGUCACGUAAUUUGUGAUGCGAGGCUAGUAAAGCUAUUUGGGAAGUCACGUGUUGGUCACGUUGAAAUGUUAAAACUUCUUGAGUUUCACUUUCCGGCGAAGGAUGGAAACAAGAAAAAUCCUACUCAUGGCAUCUGUCCUGCUGCUGUUAUCCAGGCGGUAGGUAAUGGGGAGAGUGAUGGAGUACUGGCGGUGAGUAAAGAUAAGAAAAGGAAAACCCGUAAAAAGGGUGAAGAAAGAGGACCUGUAAAAAAUCUGGAUGAAUAUGCUGCAAUUGAUGCCCAUAACAUUAACUUGAUUUACUUGUCUCGCCGUCUGAUGGAAACUCUAAUCAAUGACAGUGGCAAGUUCCAUGACAAGGUUGUGGGUUCGGUAGUGAGAAUAAGAAUCUCAUGCAGCGAUCAGAAGCAGGAUAUUUAUAGACUUGUACAAGUUGUAGGUACAUCCAAGACAACUGUACCAUAUAAAAUUGGUGAUAGAUCAGUUGAUCUUAUGCUUGAUGUAUUAAAUUUGGACAAGAAGGAGACAUUUUCGAUUGAGGCCAUUUCAAAUCAAGAAAUCUCAGAGGAUGAAUGCAGGCGAUUGCGUCAAAGCAUAAAAUGUGGACUUGUUAAACGGCUGACUGUAGGCCAAUUACAGGAGAAAGCGCUGGCACUUCGGGAAGUGAAACUAAAUGAUUGGAUGGAAGCUGAAGUUCUACGUCUGAAUCAUUUGAUAGAUCGUGCAAAUGAAAAGGGUCGCAAGAAAGAGCUAAGAGUAUGCAUACAGAAGCUAGAACUUCUGAAGAAGCCAAAGGAAAGACAACGCAAACUAGAAGAGAUUCCUGACAUUCAUCCUGAUCCAAACAUGAAUCCAAACUAUACUUCUGAUGAAGAUGGUAGAGACAUUAGCUUCAAUAAACAAGCUGAUCAUAUAAAGCCAAGACAUAAUGCAUACAAUGGGAAAGGGAGAGGCCCAUUAAUGUCAAGGCAUACUGACAAGUCAAAGGGUACCCGCCACAAGUCAGGAAAAGAUAGAACCUGCAAAGAAGAUAAUAAUGGCUCUACAGCUGUUGGCACGAGUAAUCAAGCUUUAGUUAGGUCAGGAUCUUCGUCUGGAAAUGUAGCUCCCCGUUAUGAUAGUGAAACUCUGAAAUUUUGGCAUUACCGAGAUCCAAAUGGAAAAGUACAAGGACCGUUCUGCAUGUUGCAGCUCCGUAAGUGGGGGACAUCAGGAUAUUUUCCAUCUGAUAUGAGAGUGUGGAGUUUAUUUGAGGAUGAACAUCACCCGAUUCUUUUGAAUGAUUUACUGAAGUGGAGUGUCGACAAAUUAUCCUCACUGCUUCAUGAAGCUUCUGUAACACAUAAAGAAGCAGCUAACAGUGGAUCAAGUAAUUCUCUGAGUAUAACUGGGUUAGACAAUAUUGAAGUGAGUCGUCCUUCUGUAGAAAGUUUGAGGCCUGAAUCAUCGAAUGCUUCUCAACCUUUGCCAAAGCCAAUUGUUGUACCACUAAGAAGAAGCUAUAAAGUAGAAAUCCCGAAUUUGCCUAGUCCAACCCCAGAUAACGAGAGAGAGGUAGAAGUGCACUCUCCUAAAGUAGAACAGAUCGAUGUUCAGACUGCACCUGAUCCAGAUAUGCUCAGCCCCAUACGAAAUCCAUGCAAAGUGGAGGAGGAGAAAUCAGCCCCUAAUGAGUGGGCCGGAUAUUCGCCUACUCCAGAAAAACCGUCUAAUUUGGGUUGUGACACAAACCCGUCUAGCAAUCCAUCUGAAUUGCUGAUCGCUAAUGUAACUUCUGAAACCUCUUGCAAACCAUCUGAAUUGCUGAACGGUAAUGUAACUUCUGAAACAUCUGACGUGGACAGCCUUGGAAUUCCACCAUCAUCAUCUGAUUGGCAGGCCAUUGUUCCUGAACCCUUUGACAUAACUGAGUUGGUAGAACCAUCAGUGUCAGAUCUUCUAGCUGAAGUAGAUGCAAUGGAGGAAUCCCAUGGAGGCCUGAUUACUCCAACCUCAGCCACAAAUUUUGUAGAGGACUUGUUUGGAUCUCUGAGCCCUCCUCCUCAACUAGAUUCAGACAAAAAUGAUGACCUCAUUUCCAUGGAGGAGAUACAGCUGCCACCAUCUAGGCCUUUCAACGAUGCUACCGGUUCUCAGCCAAAUACAAACCCCGAAACUGUAUCAAAGCCUUCACCCAGUGCUGACGUGGCUCAAACUGGUCCUAAUUAUCCAAAUAGGAACAAUGGGUGGGGGGAUAGACAACAAGGGGGACAGAGGUCUAUGGGUCCGAGAGAGAAUUGGGCCCCGCCACAACUACAAGGUGUGGAUCAAGGGUUAGGCCGAGGUAAUACUAGUAGACAGAUAUGGAGUAGUAGUAGUAGCAGACAGGGACAGCUGCCAUUUGGGAUCGGAGGAGGAGGGGGUAGCAGCAGUGGCUACAUGAGAGGAGGGCAACAAAGGGUGUGCAAGUUCUACGAGAGUGGGCAUUGCAGGAAAGGAGCUUAUUGCGACUAUUUGCAUCCUUCGUAGGAACUCAUCAGACAACAUUUUCAGUGUACAAAACUUGGUCAGGUCAACAAAAGAAAAGAAAUAUUUAUGGUUUUGUUGUUGUUGUUAAUGUUCUUGUAGCAGCAAAAGGUAAAUAAGGGGUGGUUUUGUAGUGGAGUAGUAAUAUUUUUCCCCUCCCUCCCUUUGAUUAAACACUUCUACUACUACUACUACUAUUAUAAUUAUUUUUAAGACUUUCAAAUGGGGACAAAUAUAUAGUUUAUUUAUCACCUCACAGAAUUUUGUUCUCUCAACGAGAGUUUAUUCUUAAUAACAUUGUGCCAUUACAACA